AUCUGGGAAGAAUAAGGAAAUGGAGAAGGAAUCCCAAACUAUGACAUCUAGAUUAAACAAGCAGGAAGAAACUUUGAAAAAACAUGUGGAGGACUGUAAGGACUAUAAGAAAAACUAUGAAAGUACGAAGGAGGAGAUGAUGAAAAUCAGGGAGACCCAGGAAGCUAUCUGGGAUUCUCUGGCAAUGCAAGAGUUAAGGCAGAAUGAUCUGACCUUGAGAGUCAGGGGUCUUAAGGAGUACCAGGACGAAAACGUAGAAAUCACGUUAAUCAAAGGAAUAGCAGAAUGGAUGCAAUUAAAAGAAGAAGACGUCUCAAUAUGCAUAGACAGAGCCUUUAGACUAAGAUCUAAACAAGCAAGAAAUGGCAGUUGGCCUGGAGAUAAAAUUAUGCAACAUAAGAAGCAAGAAAAACCUCGAAUUGAGGGCAAGGAAAUCAUUAUAAUGAGAGAGGUUCCUCCGCGUUUGUUGAGAAAGAGGUCCAAAUAUAAACCAUUGACUGAAGUCCUUAAAAGAAAUAAUAUCCUCUUUAAAUGGGAGUUCCCAGAAGGGAUUUCAUUUACUUACAAACAAAGCAGGAAGAAAUUGACAUCGGAAUUUGAGAUAGAGAAAUUUUGGAGGAAGUAUGAAAAGCAUUUGGGGGGGAGUGUCCUAGGAAAAAAAGGGGAUAAAGAAGAGUCAGACGCUGAGGAAAGUGAGAAAGGAACAUAAUUAAAAUCAAAAUCCUUUCUUUCAACUAGUUCACCUGCCAACUAAUGCCUUAAUAGGAGAUAAGUGUUUUUAACUGUGUUAAUUUGAGUUAUAUUUUUCAUUGUUGUAAUACUUGUUAUGAUAUCUGCCCUUGUUGGGGGAAUUAAAGAUUGAAAAAUAAAUUUGAUAAGAUUAGAGCAAAAUGGAUCUGAAAAUCAUCACUUGGAAUAUUAAUGGAUUAAAUAAUAAGACCAAAAGAAACAGGGUAGAGCAUGUGUUGAGAAAGAAAAGAAUGGAUAUUAUUUGUCUCCAAGAGACACACGUUACAAGAAAGCAUCGCAGAUUAUUGGUUAAUAAAAGACUGGGAGAGGAGUUUAUAUCUUCAGACUCCGUAAAAAAAAGAGGGGUGGUGAUAU